CUUUCCAACAAAAAUGGUGAAUUUACUACCUGGAAGAAAUGUCUGUGAAAUUCAAAUGUCCACUAGGCUAUCUUGUUGACCACAAACAAUCAAUUACCACAUCUUGUGGGUCAUUGCCAUUCGCCAGUGUUGAAAAUAUAUUCAAUAUAAAUAAACAAUAUGGGCAAGGAAAAACGAAGAAGCAUACAAUAAACCACUUUACCACAUGCUCAAUUGACAGUCCACCAAACUCGAGGCAAAGGAAAAAGCGUAAAAGAAAACGCUCUCCCAAUUCAGGAGAAAUAGCAGCCUGGGAGCAUCAUGAACAGAUAAGAGGGAAGAUUUUGUCUGGAAUCGAAUCAUUGUCCAAGUCCGAAGAAUGGAGCAAUUAUUUUACUCUAAAUGCUCCUCCAGAAAGAGAUCCCAAUGCAGAAAACGGUUGUUUGCAAGCGUUAUUUCAUUAUAAUGACUUCAACGAAGCUGUUAGUGAAACAGUUUUGAAUCAUCAUCAUUCUAUAUUAUUCCCAGCUGAAGAUGUUUCUUACAAUAAUUCUGAUGUGGUGAACAGAUUGGUUACAAACGGAAAAGAUGAUUCUAUGUUGAUGUCAAUUGGUGAUGCAAAAUAUAUUCUUCCUGCAAACAGCAAGUUUGUCCUUUCAGAUGUUUCUUAUUUUUGCAAAGAUUUCACUAAAGAUACAGGUAAUUCAAAGUAUAACAUGAUCGUUAUUGAUCCUCCUUGGGAGAACAAAUCAGCAAAAAGGGGAUCUAAAUAUUCAUUCCUUCCACUCUGGGAAAUUAAGAGGCUACCUAUUCCUGAGUUGGCUUGUGACAAAGCAUUGGUUAUUGUUUGGGUGACAAAUAAACAAAAAUACAGAAGAUUUGUCAUUGAUGAACUUUUCCCAAGUUGGUCGUGUAAAUUUAUAGCAGAAUGGUACUGGGUGAAGGUGACAAGAAAAGGCGAAAUGGUGUUUGAUUUAGACUCGACUCACAAAAAGCCUUAUGAACCAAUUAUUAUUGGACGAUUUGUAAUAUCCGAUAGCAAUAACGAGCCUGAUUGUUCGGAAGCCGAGAAACAGUACAAUAACAAGAAGGAGGUUAACGCAAAGAUUGAUAGAGAAAUAUCUGAAACCAGGAUUGACAAUGAUAGAAUUAUUUGUAGUGUGCCUUGUUCAUUACAUUCUAGGAAACCACCACUCAAUGAUAUUUUUCGAGAGUAUUUACCAAAAGAUGCAGCAUGCAUUGAAUUGUUUGCUCGUAAUCUUCUUCCGAACUGGACUAGUUGGGGAAAUGAGGUUUUAAAGUAUCAACAUCUGGAAUACUUUCAGACUAAGAAGAGAUAGCAUCUUGUAUAAAUUUCCGUUCUCAGACAGGAAAGGAAUUAUAGUUUGUGCGUAUUUUCACACGCUUUUUUAUUAUUAUAGAGUACCGUAGCCCGUAGGUCCUGUUAGUUUCAAAACAUUUUCUACCCAACGAUUGGAACAAGGAAUUAGAACUUUAUAAAUUGAUAAAUUUAAGUCCUAACGUAUUAAUGUUAUUACAAUUUUGACGGGUAAACUAAUUAGUAAACUGUGAACAGGAAUUAUUUGGUCAUCUUGCUGGGACAUUGUAUUACCAAUCUUACUCAUUUUUUUAAGAUAAGCGACGCGCAAAAGUGAAAUUCGAACAUUCUCGAGACUAGAAUGCUGAAGAUUCAAUCAACAAAGUGGUUUCUGCAAAGUUUCACUUCUAAGUCAAAGACGUAUAUAAACAUAAAUGAAGAUACAAUUGCAUGUACAGCAACAGAUUGUGUGUACAAUGUACACGUGUUUACACAGGGACGAGUUUAUUGUUUGUAUUUUUCUAAAUUUUCGUUGCUAUAUUGAACCAUAGGAUUAUUAGGAUAGAACACUUUGGCACACUUUGGCACAAUAGCUGGCACAGUAAAGAGCAAUGUUUGUUUAAAUACAUUAUCUGUCUGGCAAUAAAAAUUCUCGUCAAUCUUGCAUUUUAAAACCUCGUGCAUGAUAUCAUCAAGGAUGGGUAAUUUAUCAUAUGUGUUAGAUUAAUCAUUUUUAUUUAUAGAAUUAGACCAUAAAC